CCUAGUCAGUUUACUCCCCUUUUCUUGUCUGUACAGCUUCCCCUCCCAGAGAACAGCUGGGUGACAACAAGGAAGCUGCAGUUUACAUACCACAAGAAACAGCCGGCUAUCUUUUCACCUGAAUCAUAGGCUACAUAACUUGAGACAUUUUGGGAAGCCCCUUAGUCUGUGAAGGAUUCAAAUACAAGUUCCAUCACUUGCUGUAUUCCACACACAGAGAGAAAGACAUGGAUGCGUUUUCUGGGAUGCUUUUGUGAAGUCUUAGUGGCCUUCUUCUUGUCUUGAAUGAAUUCUCCCACACAACGUAUGUGACUUGUUUUCCUUCGUCUGCUUUAAAGGCCUUUAGUGAACACAACACCCGACAGAUGCAGGUGGGCAUGGAGGAUGAGAAGAGAACUUCAGGCAGCCUGCCAGAGGAUAUAUUGACAAAGAAGAUGCCAAUAGGUGUACUGGAACAACAGAUUAUAUCAUUGGAAAAACAGAGGCAAGAGCUGCUGGCAGUGAACAAUCAAUGGGAUCAGCAGUUCAGGCGAAUGAAACAGCAGUAUGGAAAAAAGGUCACAGAUGUGAAAGCACAACUGGAAACAAUGCGGAAGACUGUCAAGGAACUGGAAAAAGAAAGGCACCAAAUGCAGCAGGAGUGUAGAAGGCUGGAAGCCCUGGCCUCAAACAGCCUCCUACAGGAAAUGAGAGACAAAAAAAUCCUAAAGGAAGAGAAUAGACUUCUGAAAGAAGAAGCCUCCUUAGCAAAUACAAAAAAGAUUCAUUAUGAACGUGAAAUAAGUCGGCUUAACAAGGCGCUUCAGGAUGCCCUGAAAAAUCAAAGUGCCCCCUUGCAUGUGACUCCUGUAAAUGCCCAGGAUAUGAACUGCAACCAUGAAGAGAUGAAAAUGCAAAUGGAAGUUCUCAGGCAACAGGUUCAGAUAUAUGAAGAAGACUUUAAAAAGGAAAGAUCUGAUAGAGAGAGACUUAACGAAGAAAAAGAAGCACUGCUGAGAAUUAAUGAGAGAAUACAGUUUCAGUUGGACACCCUAAAUUCUCAGGUUAAAGACUGCCAGGAAGAAAGGGAACUACUUGAGAAGCAAGUAAAGCAACAGGCAAGAGACCUCCAAGCACUUACAGAAAAACAUGGCUUCCCACAUCAGAUGUUUGUUCCUGCAUGUUUUAGUUGCAGGAACUGUGGGUUACUUCACCCUUACCCUGAACCUCAAAUAAAAUUGGCCUCGUGCAGCAUUCACAGAAAGCAGCAGUGCCCACCAGACUAUCAAUGGUAUGUUCCCGACCGGUUUCCGCCAGAUGUGCCGCACAAGGCAAAUGAUGCCUCCUCAGAAAACGAAGGUUCCCACUUGUACCAUACGAAGAGAACAAACCAAAGCAAAGACAAAGAGCCAUCCUGACGUUGCCUGUAACUGCCGUUACAUUUUCUUGUCCUAUUGCACUCUGUUUUAUAUGAUAUACCAUUAUAUAACAUACACACAGUGGGAGAUUUCUAGGACUGUGGCAAAGAGACAGAUUCACUUCCAGCUAUAGUUGUUGUUGUGGAAAGACUUUCUCCCCGCCCCCCACACCUUUCUUUUAAAAUAGACUGUACCAAACCAGUUGCAACUGUUCAAUUAUAAAUAAAUGUCUGAAGGGUUUUAGGAAAUGUGCAAGUGAGUGGUGUUAUGGUGGUUUGCAAGGCAAAAUGUCUGUAUGCGGAUCAAGGAGAGGGCAAUUGUGUCCUUACCUUUGGGCACCAGAGGAGCUGUGAGGUAUUGCAAGCAGAGUUGUGCAUAUAAAAUGUGGCUAAUGGGAUGCUUGUCCCAUCCACAUGGAGCUUACUGUGUGGUCUAUAACCCUGUAUUUGGUCAGGGUUGACUGUAGUACCCCCCCCACACACACACUUCACUGUCACUCAGUGCCUAAAAGUAAAGCAAGUGGCAGUUCUUUUUUCUAUGUUGCCCUCUAUGUUGUAGAUCUGCUUUAAUAGUCCGAUUCCUGCCCUGAGCUAGGGAGUCGCAGCAGAUGACCUCUAAACUUCCUACUCACUGUAAGAUUCUAUGGCCGCCACAUGGCAAUCCAGCAUUUUUGUGAGCAACCUGCCUCACUGGCUGCUGCAGCAAAUGUUUCUAUUUGGUUUUACUACUAUUCGGUCAGGCUGCGUCUCAAUCCCCAUUUUUAGUUUAAGAAUCAUCUCGUUGUCAUUCUGAAUUCUACAGUGCAUCUCUUUGAGUAUGUUAGUCUGCUAAACUGGCUUGCACAGUGUGUGAUCCACCACUUCAAACGUAGCCAACCAGACACGCACUGUUGCUUUGCUGGAGGAUUAACAGUCUCUGUACUUAGGCAACCCUUUGCAGACAGAAGAACAAAUGUGUUUCAUAGAAGUCCUGCUGGGCCACCUUAGAGGGCUAUUGGGCACCAAUUGAUUUGGCGGGUCAGUAGCAAUCCAUCAACCGUUUAUAAUGGUCAGUAGUCGUGUUGGGCUGUAUUGAUUGUGACAAUACUUGCUGUGUCCUCAAGCCAAUUAUUCAGAACAGUCUUAUCCAUAUCUGUAUAGCUACUUGUAAGGUUCAAUAUUGCAACCUAAAUACUCAAUAAUAACUUGCCUUCUAUUGCCAGAAUUAAAAUCUAUGGUUAAAAAGAGAACAAAAAUGCACACACAUCCUGAACUUGCUUGCAUUUACACUGAAUGCAGAUGGAAAUCUGAAUGUAUGAUACAGAAUUAAAACCAUAUCAGUGAUAUACGUGUAUAUGCAUAUACGUGUGAAUGAAAUAUUUCUAGAAUUACUGUAAUAUUUUGAGCUGAAGAUUAAGGCCAGAACAGAGUUUGGCAUGUUUAACCCCUAAAAUGAUUUAAAUGUGACUUAAGCACGCAAAACUGGGUGCUGGGAUUGUGCCUCAGCUUUGUUUUACCCACUUUAAUAACAUUAAACAUAAUUUCCCCUGACAUACAAUUUGAGAACAAAUGUAAUGCACCUAAAUGUAAUUGCAUUUUAAAAUGUGAAAGAAAUAAGCAUGGCAGAUGUUUGAGAAAAUACUGCAGAUUUUAAUCUGCUUACAGCAUUACCUUUCCUUCUCCUAAUGGGGUAGUCCUUGCAGGAUUCUAUCAGAGCUUAGACUUCUAGCAUAGUUGGUCCCAGACACUGUAUUGGCCAGAUAGCCAUUGGACCAUCUUAUCCAAUCAGGAAUUUCUGUAUGUCUGUAUCUAACUUUAUACAGCAAUAUCCUUCUAGACUCCACCAAGCACCCUAUAGUAGACUUGUCAGUCAGUUGUGGAAGACACAUCUACUUUCCCUGUGUAUUAUGUACUGACAUAAUUGCCACUUUAAUAUUUUUUUUAAAAGUCAUUUGAUUUCCAGUUAAUGGAUGGAGAUGGUAGCAUUAAAAGAAUAAUCUUAAAGAAUUAGGUGUGUUAAGUAUCUGAGCCACAAUGGAAUACAAUUCAUGGUUAGGGAUUUCUUUGCAAUUAAACCGAUUCCCUGAACAGCUUCAUUUUUACAUUCAUAUAUCAAGGAGACAAAUCACCCUGACCCUAUCACACCGUAUAAUGGAACCUGUACAACAAGCCUUAAAACUUACAAUUCUCCAGAGUAUAUAUAUAUAUUUAAAAUAUAUUUGUGGAAGUCAAAACCACAUUGCAUUUUCAGCCGUGAGAGAACAAUGUGAAUUCCCUCUAAAGGAAGAUGGGAAAGAUUGGUCUCUAUGCAUGGGUUGGAAGUUGGCUUAAAUAGCUACUAUAGCAGCAGAUAAUUUAACUAGCAGGCAGUGUAACUGUGCUAUUCCUGAUUAGUGAUUUGGCUAAUAAGGGUGAGAUCAUGGAAAAUGCUAAUGCAGCGCCUUAGGAAAAUCCAAUUAUAAUGUAACCUAAUUCAAUUCAGGCUCUCAGCAGGUGACCAGUGUUUGUGGGAAGAGCACCCCAGACUCAGGAUUGUGUCGUGAAUGCACCAAACAGACAGGCCUCUGUGUAUCCAAUGUUAGAGCCAACAAACCCCAUUUCAUUCCUUUCAACACUUCAGCUCAACUAAUUAUGAGGGUUUCGUCUUCCAUUUGUGAAGCUUAACUCAUUAUCAUUAGAGUUCAUGAAAACAGAGAUGAAUAUAUGCCAGCUACUUGGAGUAAAAAGGGGAGGGGAGGAGAAAUGCAGACAUUUUUGCAGCCUCAGGGUGCUUUUCUUUUCUUAGUGUCAGCACCUGCCUUUUAAUGUUUUGCUGCCAAACAUCUGACCCGGCAAAUAUUUAGUCACCUAAAUCCUAGCGAGACAAAUUGUGAGA